UUCUCGUUUUCUUCAUAUUUUCUGUAAGGCGCUGUUUCUCUUUGUUAGAAAACAAAAUAGGUCAUAGUUUCAUUCCAGAUUGACUGUGGAUUCAGUGACCUAACGGGACUUCGUGCUCUUCUCGAGAAACUGUUACAUUUUCUGAUUUGACGAGAUGCUCUCUGCGACAAAAUACGAAGAUUUCAUUUUGUAAAUCUAUUUACCAAGGUUUUGGUAAAUAUCCAAAAUUAAAGAUCCACAAACCCAAAAGGCUUAUUGGCAAAUGGCGACUGGUGCGCAAGAGUCUGUGGAACAAAAACCACCUCAGAAGUUGCAAAUAUACUCUGCAUCUGGCACUGGAGUUUCCUCUUUCUGGAGAGAUAAGUACGAGAGAGACGCUAAGAAGUACUGGGAUAUAUUUUACAAGCGACAUCAAGACAGAUUUUUCAAAGACCGCCACUACUUGGACAAGGAAUGGGGAGACUACUUUGAAGGAGGGAACAAGGUCAUUCUAGAGGUUGGCUGUGGAGCUGGAAACACCAUCUUUCCUUUGUUUACUACAUAUCCGGAUAUUUUUGUGCAUGCAUGCGAUUUUUCCCCACGUGCUAUUAAUUUGGUCAAGACACAUAAAGACUUUGUGGAGACCCGUGUUAAUGCAUUUGUAUCUGAUCUUACCAUUGAUGACCUGAGCAAGCAGAUUUCUCCAUCGUCAGUUGAUAUCAUCAGCAUGAUUUUUGUACUAUCUGCUGUGUCACCAGAAAAGAUGCCGCUAGUGUUGCAAAAUGUUAGAAAAGUUCUUAAGCCAAAUGGUUGUGUGCUGUUUCGUGACUAUGCUGUUGGUGACCUUGCUCAGGAAAGGCUUACUGGCAAAGAUCAAAAAAUCAGUGAUAACUUUUAUGUCAGAGGUGAUGGCACUCGGGCAUUCUACUUUUCUAAUGACUUCUUAUCAAGUUUGUUUAAAGAAAAUGGAUUUGAUGUUCAAGAACUUGGCUUAUGCUGCAAACAAGUUGAGAACCGAUCAAAGGAGUUGGUGAUGAAUCGGCGCUGGGUCCAAGCUGUAUUCCGAAAUUCAGACUGUGUUAAGUCUUCCUCAGGUAUGGAGACUUCCAUGAAGACAGACCAAUUUAAUCAAAAGAAUGUUGAACCUGAAGUUGAGAAACAUACUUCUCAGAAGCCUGUUGAUAAUCUUUACUUUGAUAUGUCUGAGGGUUUGGCGAUUGAAAUGUUUGGCUUUUCACCAUCUUUUGAUAAUGAGAUUAUUGAGGUCAACAUUGGCAAUUCCAAGUUCAAGAUCAAAGUUCUGUCCAAAGAAUAUCAGCACACCUGUAAAUCAACAGGCUUAAUGUUGUGGGAAUCAGCACGUUUGAUGGCUUCUAUCUUUGCGGAAAAUCCAAGCAUUGUUGCUGGGAAAAGGGUGCUAGAGUUGGGUUGUGGCUGUGCAGGCAUUUGCUCUAUGGUUGCUGUUGAACCAGCUGAUACCGUGGUUGCUACUGAUGGAGAUAGCAAGGUACUUGAGCUUUUAAAGGAGAAUAUAACUUCAAAUCUCAAACCUCCAGUUCUAACCAAAUUGACUACAAAGAUACUAGAGUGGGGUAACAAGGAUCACAUAGAAGCCAUCAAAGCAGAAAACAACGGGGGUUUUGAAAUCAUUGUAGGCACAGAUGUUACUUACAUCCCAGAAGCUAUUUUACCUUUUUUUGCAACUGCAAGGCAGUUUAUUUCGUCAAAAAAGGGAAUCUGCAAGGAACAAGAGCCGGCCUUAAUUCUCUGCCAUGUCUUUCGCCGAGUUGACGAGUCUUCGCUUCUGUCAGCUGCAUCAGAAUUUGGUUUUAAACUGGUUGAUAAGUGGCCUACAGGAAUUUCAACCAGUCCUUACAGAAACAUCAUCGGCCAGUGGUUCUCAGAAAAAGGUUCUAAGAAUAAUAUCCCAAGCUCAGCAUUGAAUAUAUUGUAUUUCAACGUAGACUAAAUUAAUUAAACCGUGGAAGACCAAGCAAUUUGGGUUCAAUGGAGACAUGUUUUGCCUCCAUCCAUCCUAGAAGAGAAAGGGAAAAUAGGCCCUUAACUAAAAAUGAAAAAAAAAAAAAAAAAAAAAAUUGCAGUCAUAAAAUAGACCUUUAGA